AUGUCCUCUCUCAUCAACGGCCUGCUCCACGCGACCAACUUCCGCAACCCAUUUCUACGGACUCUGGUGCCAUCCAUCGGCCUGGCAUACGGUCUGCAGGCAGCCGUUGGAAUCCCCUCCAUCAUUUUUCAGACCGAGCGAUUCUAUGACCUGAGCGGCUCUCUGACGUACAUCUCAUGCGCGGCGCUGUCUCUCUAUCUACCCACCAUCCGAGCACGCCUCGCUGCCGGUCCGGGAAGCCCAGCGCCCGCAUGGCCCAGCCUCCUUCAGAGCCUCACUAGCAAAGGCGGUAUCCACGCGUGGAACUGGAGACAAGUCGUCCUCAGCGCCGCAGUGACCAUCUGGGCAACGCGACUCGGCAGCUAUCUCUUCUCCCGCAUCACAUCCGACGACGGACGCGACAGCAGGUUCGACAGCAUCCGGGCAUCUCCACCCAAAUUCAUUGUGGCAUUCUUCGCUCAGGCAACAUGGGUUUCGCUGUGCUUGAUGCCCGUUCUCGCGAUCAACAGUAUUCCGGCCACAACGCUCGCUGCUUUGCCGCUCGUCACGAUUACUGAUAUUCUGGGAUUGCUGUUGUACGUCGGUGGAAUCACCUUUGAGGUCACCGCGGACAAACAGAAGUCACAGUGGAUGAAGGAGAAGAAGGAGAAGAAGCAUAGUGAGGAUUUCCUCACGAGGGGUCUGUGGGGCAAGAGCAGACAUCCGAACUACUUGUAAGGCUCAUCGAACUCACAUUUGGCUAGGCGACUCAUGAUUUAACCUAUGUACGAUCUAGCGGCGAGAGCACACUUUGGACUGGCAUCGCUACGACCGCGGCUGGUGUAAUGCUGAGCAGCGUUGGACAAGCGGGCAUGGGCUUCAGUGGCACUGCUGUCAGCAGACUCGGUGCCUUGGCAAUGGCUGCUGUGAGCCCAGCAUUCGUUACCUUUUUGCUACUCAAGGUCAGUCUGCGAGUCAUUCAUCACUCUGCGUGCCAAGCUUACCGCAGACUAGGUCUCUGGAAUUCCAUUGAGCGAGAACAAGUACGACAAGCGCUAUGGCGACAGGAAGGAUUACCAGCAGUGGAAGAAGAACACGCCAAUGUUCUUUCCCAAAUUCUAG